CUGAAGAACAAGUGCAGAGGUUGCCGUCCUCACGUGUUUUUUUUUUUUUUUAACUUUUGAUGAAGGGAUGAAUUUAUGUAUGUGAACAAAUGUCUUCCGUUUCUGAGAGAUCAAGAUUUGAUCCCCACAUUGGAAUGACAGAUGCAAGUACACACACAAAUGAUAAUUCUGUCAAGAACAACGAUGAGAAGGAUAAGAAUGAUAAGAAAAAGAAGUUAAAAUUCCAUUCUGGUGGGUCGAAAUCUUCCAUCCUUCCAAAGAUUUUUGGUUCGAAAUGGCGAAAAGGGUCUGAUGAAGAGAUAUUUGGGACAAAUGAAGUUGUUCUUGAUCUUGAAAAAAGGAUCAUUUCAAGGAGGAGGGCAGCUUUUAUGGAGGCUUCUCCUUAUAUGACAAAAAGCUUCUCAGAAAGGCAUGGAACAAGCCUCAGGGUCUCUAACUUUGAUGGAAGGAUGUCCCCAGCAGCUGAAGUGCAAGAGUGCCGGAUAUUUGUUGCAACAUGGAAUGUGGGAGGUAAAAGCCCUCAUAAUGGUCUCAACCUUGAAGAUUUCUUGCAGUCAGAGGGCUCUUCAGACAUAUAUGUCUUGGGGUUUCAGGAAAUCGUUCCUUUAAAUGCAGGAAAUGUUCUAGUCAGUGAAGACAAUGAACCAGCAGCAAAAUGGCUAACAAUCAUAAACCAAGCUCUUAACAGACCACUAGAGGAAUCUAGUAACUACUGCUCUUAUGAAUCAAACCGUGGCUCAACUCACCACAACAAUGGAAACUCCAAGGACUCAAAACAUCAAGGAAGCUUCUUCUCCCAGAAAACUUCACUCAAAGUUCUAAGAAGGAAUCUGAGAGGUGAUAGUGACCACCUGAAGAGCUGCAACUGCACUAAUUCAUUUCAGGAGAGGAGAAGGCUGACUGAAAUAGACAACCUACUUCAAAGAACUGGAACCACAUCUAUCCAACUCCCCCAUAAGAACUCAAAUGAAGAUCUGUUUUCGGCCUCAGAUGGACUUUUGUCAUCGCCGACCUAUGCGAACUACCGCCUUGUAGCCAGCAAACAAAUGGUGGGCAUCUUCCUCUCCGUGUGGGCAAGGAAGGAGCUAGUGCAACAUAUCGGCCACCUUAGACUGACCUGUGUAGGGAGAGGCAUCAUGGGUUACCUUGGUAACAAGGGAUGCAUAGCAAUUAGUAUGUCAUUACACGAAACGAGCUUCUGCUUUGUAUGCAGUCAUUUGGCUUCAGGGGAGAAGGAGGGAGACGAGCUUAAAAGGAACUCGGAUGUCUCUGAGAUUUUAAAGAGUACUCAGUUCCCCAGGAUCUGCAAGAACGGAAGGAUCCCUGAGAAUAUCUUAGAACACGAUCGAGUGAUUUGGCUGGGGGAUUUAAAUUACCGGAUCGCUCUAAGCUACGAAGAAACUAGGAUCCUAUUGGAAGACAAUGAUUGGGAUACUCUUCUUGAAAAAGAUCAGUUGAAUAUAGAGAGAGAAGCAGGAAGAGUAUUCGCAGGGUUUAAUGAAGGGAGGAUUAUGUUUGCUCCUACCUACAAAUAUUCUCACAACUCUGAUUCUUAUGCUGGAGAGACCAUCAAAUCCAAGAAGAAACGUAGAACCCCUGCAUGGUGUGAUCGAAUAUUGUGGUAUGGGAAAGGCAUGGAACAAUUAUCUUACAUACGUGGGGAGUCAAGAUUCUCAGAUCACAGACCUGUGUGUGCAGCCUUUAUAGCAGAAGCAAAGUCGAGGGACAGUACCAGAAUUAGGAAGGGAUUAUCAGCAGUUGGAACGACAAGGAUGGAUUAUGAUGAGUGCAUACCUCAAAGACAUAGUUUCUAUGAGUUUUGAAGUUAUUUUUAUACCUGUAAAUUUCCAUAAGUGAAGUGUACGUACCCAUAAAAUUUUAAGGGGGAGGGAUCUACACACCACAUGCCCACAUGUAUUGGCAUCUCUCACGCCAAGCUAGUGGGUGCAUAGGAGGGUUUUCCUACACAGCGGUGAUCCAGGUGGUCAAGGAGGAGAGAGACUGUCAAAUGGUGUCAGGUAGAAGAAAGAAUGUGAGUGGACAUAUACUACCCACAGUGUGUACAUCAUUUUCCAAUUUUAAAUUAGGCUUAAUUUGUCAACACAAAAUUCCUGAAAGUAAAAAUAUGUUUACUUGUUUCUUUUACAAAAUUUAGACAAAAAUUAACAGCAUCUAGUCCUGUUUGAUAAUGGAACAGUCUUGUUUGAUUCCUUAAUGGUUCUGAGCACUCAAAUAAC